UUCCAAUACCGAAUUUAGUUUACAGAAACUUUACAUGACGGUAAGCUUUACAGCAGUAGGCCUAAAUUUCGGCUGCAUGGUCGGCUGCUGCUAGCUUGAUAUUGAAGACUUCAUAUCCAGUAACACGUCAUCAUGAGCAGCUUGGGUGACAAUUCGCUACGCCCACCUGACAAGCCGGAUCCAGACCUUGAUAUCGACACCAGCCUGGUCCAACUUGACCUGAGUGACCCUGACCCCUCUGACCCUAAUCUCACUAACGGAACCAGGGAGAACCAACCCCAGUCUGCUCCACAGACUACUGAGGUUGAGGAGGAGUGUGAAUAUUUCGAGAGUCCCGUACCUGAACACAGCAAUGUCAUUCUCGCGCAGCUCAACAGGCAGAGACUUGACGGCCGAUACCUGGACUUUCGACUGGACUGUAACGGUGUCACGCUGUCGUGUCAUAGGUGUGUUCUAGCUGCCAGCAGCCCCUACUUUGACAAGGCUCUGACGGAACUGGAGGAGGAUCGAGACUGGCUCUGUUUGGACCACUUGAAACCUUUUGCCCUGAAAGCUGUUCUGGAGUUUAUCUACAGUGGGAAGAUCAAGCUCUGUGAAGCAACGGCAGCUAGUGUGCUUAGCGCUGCGUGCAUCUUGGAUUACCAUAAUAUUGUCGAUCUGUGCUGCAGUUACAUCAGUGGUUUAAUCCGUCCUGGGAACUGUCUGGGCAUCUUCAAGCUCUCUCAGGAACACGGAUGCUCCGAGUUGCAGAGGACUGCAUGGCAGUUUGCCCUCGACAGUGCCGAGGAUGUUUUUGGACAGGUUGAAUUUCUUGAUCUCUCAGUGGACCAUUUGGUUGAGUUGAUCUCAGAUGAGGGGUUGAAUGUGGAGAUAGAGGACGUGGUGUAUGAAGCUGUCCUGAGGUGGGUGGAGAAUGACAUGAGUAACCGUGCCCCGGAUCUAUGGAACAUCUUACAGUACGUCCAGCUGCCCCUCCUUAGCAAUAGACUCUUUUCGAGCAGUCUUGAAUCUCACCCGCUCAUCAUCAACUGCGAAAAAUGCCGGCAGCUGGUCAAGGAGGCUAGAAACCUGCGGGACCUGGCUCUGAAAGGGAAGGACACUCACAGCGAGUCGCUGAAGCCACGACCAUCGAUGAUGAAGGAUGUCCUGGUCGUCGUUGGCGGAAUGGAAACCAGUCGACAGUGGGUCAAGGAUGUGAGUUACUACGACCCAGCUGCCGAGACGUGGGAGACCCUAUCGACGCUCCCCUUCUCACAGACCGAUUACAGCGUCGCCUCUUUGAACGACGACGUUUACAUCAGCGGCGGCUUCAAAAUGGGAAGCGCCACAUCAGAGGUCUGGUGCUACAAGACCGCACAUGACAAGUGGAUGGAAGUCUCCAAUCUCAAGCUGGCUCGUUUCAACCACACCUCGACUGGACUGGAUGGAAUGCUGUACGUGGUGGGCGGGGAAACCGACGACGUAGGACUGACAGAGAUUGAAAGGUAUGAUCCCCAGAGGAACAUAUGGGAAAUCAUAGGCGAAGCGAACCCAACGCAGAGUAACCUGACUGUUGCCGGACUCAACCAGAAACUGUACAUCGUUGGCUGGCUGGUGCAUGCUCAACUCAUGUGCGCCGUGCAGUGCUUCGACCUCAAAACCAAAGAAUGUAUGAUACAACCCUGCUCGGGGCUCAACCGACAGAUGUUCAACGUCGUCACGUUCCAAGACUUGAUUUACAUACUCGGAGGAAGCCGUAUCAAAGAGGUCGCGAUCUACGACCCGGAAACCUAUCAAUCGGUCAAGGCGGAACCGAUGAAGUACAAGCGCAACACACCCAGCGUGGCAGUCGUGGGACGCCGACUGUAUGUCACGGGGGGCGAGCUCCGACAUCACCUGACCAAAGUGGAGGUCUUUGAUCCCGGCAAUAAUUCCUGGAGUGUGGUUCCACCGAUGCCUAAGGCACUGUGCUUCCAUGGGUGUGUGGGCAUCAGGAAGUACCUUGGCCCACCAUACGUAGAGCCCACCAGACGAGAUGUUGCAGCAGGUAGUGGAGAAUGUCAUGAGGUCUUUGCAGAUGUCAUUGACGUCUCCACCUAAGCCAAGUUUUUUUUAAAUUGGCUCAAGAAGUCAGGGUUUUCAUGAAAAAAAAAGAACUUUUUUUUCUUGCCCAUGCAGAUAUGUAUUCAAGUGUGUUGAUGCAUUUUCUGUUGUUAUCAUCCAUCUUUUUGGAUAAUACAAAAUGUUAUGCUGGAUAAUAUACUUUGAUAUGUACGUAGUGUUCCGGAGUACGGUAUAUACAAUGUAUCUGGAAAUUAGUUGAACUUUGCUGCGUGCGUGUCUUUGAUGCAUUGGUUAUAAAAAGAGUGCUAUUUUCUCUGUUAAACAGUCAUGUUGUACAUUUAUAUAGAUGAAAUUGUUUGGGCUGUGUUGGAAAAGAUGUACAUUUUCUGCUAUUGAUUGAUUGCUAAGUGUGAAGACUUGGUAUUUUACUUAAUUUUAUUUUGACUUGUAUUUUAUACGCCUAAAGUUGUGUUCUUAUUGGACCUUUUUGGUAAAACUAAAUGGAUGCUGUUUUCAACCUUACAGCAUCUUGUGACAACUUAACCAAAUUAAGUCCAGUGUGAACAGCAGUUAAACUUCCCAAAUUGUCAAGUGUUGACUGUCGAUUGAAAUUUUAUAGUCGGAAGUCCGCAGUGGCACGUACAUUGUUAGGGUUAAGAGAAACUUUCUUUUCAAUUUUGCAAUUCUUUUUCAAAGUUUGGUGUGAAAUUUCUAAUUUUGAAACGAAGUGUGCUAGCUUGAUUUGACUGCAUUAACUGUCAUCUGUUUGAGUGCCUUUUAAUUGGCGAUCCCAAAUAAAUGGGUUGUUCGUUAAA